AAUUAAAUUUACUUAUUAAAACCAUGACACCGAAACUUAAUGAUACUUAUAAUUCAAAAAUAUCAGUUAUAUAUUGGAGUAGAUCAAAGAAUGAUGAUCAUUUUAGUAAACGUAAAAAGAUAAUAAAAAAAUUAUUAGAAUCAUAUUUCAAAUCUGAAUGUAUUAAAAUUGAACAAAUUGUCAAAGAUACAAAUCAAUUUAUUGAAAAGAAAAAAGAUGAUGUAUUGGAACAAUUAUCAAAACCUGGAACAAAAAUAAUUUGUCCACCAUUAUAUAUUAAAUUAUCAACAAAAGAUAAAGAAUCUUUAAAUAUUUGGAAGAGUGAAAUUGAAGAAUCUUUAUUCGCUUCUAAAAUGAAAUUCAUUAAAUUUGAGAGUAGAUCAGAUAUUUUUCGUGCGACUCAUUUGGAACAUGAGAUUGAA